UCGGUAUCUUUGAUCUUCGCUGUUCUAAAGCGCGACUGUUUGUUACUUUGAAGUCGCGGCGAUCGUCACAGCAUAAAGAACUUUUCCUCUCUCGCGCGAGUCUCAAACGCUCUUCUGAGCGCGGAAAACAGCGACGACAACAACCAGAAGUGCAUUAAUAAAGUUGGUUCGAAUAUGCCGCAGCUGAACGGUGGAGGGGGAGAUGAUCUCGGGGCGAAUGAUGAGAUGAUCCCGUUUAAAGAUGAAGAAGAUCACGAGAAGAUCCGCGAGAGCGCGUUUACGGAGAGCGACCUGGCUGAUCUCAAAUCAUCUCUGGUCAAUGAAUCCGAGAUCAGCCAGAACUCAAACUCUGCCGUGAUCAGAAGAGGACAGCAGGAAGAUCAGAGAAUCUACACUGAUAAACGAGAACAUCUGGACGUGCCCAGACAUCAAGAUGGUGGAAUGUAUAAAGCGCCGUAUUCUGGAUACCCGUUCCUGAUGCUGCCCGAGCCGUAUCUACCGAACGGGCCCGUCUCCCCAUCUGUAAGUUCCUGA